GUCUUUUGGCCCAAGGUUCUUCGCCUUCUUGCUGGUGUCAUCAUACCGUUGGCUGAGAGUUCCAUAACUGCAAAGCAGAAAACGACACCUUUCGGCACCGACAAGUUUUAUCACUCCGCUUCACCCUUCACACGCCAUGUACAAAGACAAAUUCACAUUUCCACCCUAGUCCUUUCCCUUUCUUCCGUUAUGCCCGGGAGGCUCCGGCCAAGAUGCUGUCAAAGCCGGGAUCCACAAUCCGAAAGCUCGUCUCUCCACGGAAGACCCUGUUUGUCGAGGAAUACGAGGGCUCUUACUUUCACCACGACGAUGAAGGCUACAGGUCGGUCUACAGAGAGCUUAAAAUGAGGUCAUGGGGUCUUCGAAGGGGUUCAAAGCCUGACCUCGAUGUCCCGAAGAAAGAGGACCUUCACAAGAUACUCACAAUUAUCCCACCCUUUCCCGACACUCCGCUCUCAUCAAGGUCUUCUUUGUCCAGCUGCGGCUAUAGCACAGACCACACCAGUCCUCAAUGUUCUUCCCGGCGUGUCGGAGGCCAAAGUCCUCAGAGGAGUCCACUUCUUUGUCCUGAACACCUCGAGCACCAGCCACAGCAAGCCCGAGGGAGAAGCCAACCCUCCAGCACGACACCGGGAACGCCUCCCAGAACACCAAGUACACAAGAGUUACACCAAAUUAUUCUUCUGCCGCCUUCACCUCCCCUGCAACAAGACGAGCCGAACCGGGAUUAUACGAUUCGUCGACCAAGUAUUACCUUGACUGGCCUGGGGAUCAACCAUCAAUCUAUAUCUGCAGAGGAGAUUGCCGAAGGCUAUACCGGCUCACGAGAGCAACAUCGUUCACCAAGCAAUGGAUAUUCGAACGACAUCCAGCAGCUCAUUCCGGAGAUGGAUAGGGCAUUCCAGCCACAACGGUCCCCGAUCGAAAUAAAGCUGCCGUUACCGGCGCUUGUGAUCCCGCCGACGACAUAUUACUCGGCAAAUCACACAAAGCCUUUGACGCCUGCAGAUACUCCCUCCCAAUGGAAUAAAGCGCGGAGAAGAAGUCAGGCGUCAUUGCAAUCCUUCACACAGCCUUCCAAAAGGUCUUUCUUGCUCACAAGCCCGGCAAGGUUUGCUUCGGCCAGCAGGACAAAGAGAAAGAAGUCAAAGAAAUCCCAAAGGCGGCCGCGCAUAGUCAGCACACAGGUAUCAAGAUGGGCACUACCAGACACUGCCCGAAAUUUAUUCGAACGUUUCAACCCUAUCGAAGCUAAUGAGGUGCUGCCGGAGAGCGUCUUGCAGGAAAUAAUGGACCGAGCUUGUCUAGCCCAGUCAGCGAUGAAUGAUGGAGUGACGGCAACCGGUCAAGAAGGUGAUCAAACGUCUCAGCAGCCCAUUACGCCUGUCGAACCGUUCCACCUAGACGACUUGCCGACACGGAUUGACAAUGCCGGCGUGAGCUUGACUGUCACUUCGGCAACUCCUCCACUUGAGACGGCACGACCGUCUUUAUCUGAUCACGGCGAGAUCACCAGAGACGACUGCGCAACACCAAAGCAGCAGUUGCAAGAAGAUGGACAGAAACAGAACCGGCCGAGAAGUCCUCCCGUCGCCUUGGCGGAGGAUGGAAAGGAACACAGCCUACCCAUUAUGUUUCGCCUCGAAGAAGAAGAAGCACAACAACCUCCAAAGCCCCCGAGUGUCGCCCAUCUUACACCUUCCACUACCGGUCCCAUCAGGCCCGUACCGCGGCGCACUCCGUCCAGGCAACUACCUCCUCUUCCGACCAUUCCUGAGGGCAUCACCAGUUCGAUGUUGACACCUACGUCUACCUCAUCACCUGGAUUUGGCUCCGAUGCCAACAAUGACGACUUUAUCUUCCUCAAAGGCACCCCAUACACUUGGACAAUGCCAUCCUUCCGUCACGGACCAAUCCGAUUACCCAAACCCGAGCCUCCCAUCAACCUGCUCGCCGCCAAUGCUGAAUAUGGUCUUGACUGGGUAGCCUUCCAAAUCUCGAUAGGAAGCGGUAUCGGCGACUUCGACAGUGACCCCCUUGACUACUCGCGGCCUUCGGAUGCUGAGCUUAAUGAGCGCGACGACAUUAUUGCCUGGUUCUCCGGUUUCGGGUUCGAUGGGUAUGGUGCAUUGAGGACCUUUCCGACCGCCGACGAGGAGAUCGAGCUCAUGAAGCACAGACAAGAAAAUGCCCCUUUGCAUACGCAUUCCGCGAGUUCUGGUAGCCCCUUGAACAUGGGUAGACGAGAACCUCCAGACAGCGGCAGCAGAGGCAGAGUACCAACCGGGAACGCACUUCGUCGGAUUCAGCAUUUGCAAGCAUACGACUGGGACCGAAAACAUUCCCAUGAGCGGUCGGCGAGCGUCAAUGGUCAUCUUCCUCUCCAUGCCCCUGCAACUCACAUUGCUGCUCAUCAGAUGCAGCAACAACAACAACAACAACACUAUCUGCCCUGGAUAUCACGAGAGACACCUUCCUCAACCUGGCCUAUCGAACGUCAAUCAAGGGACCAUCUCGAGAAGCCUACAACCAACACUCCCUAUGGUCACGCUCACAGCCAAAGUUGGAGUUACUCGCUGUCACCUUUCCAAGCGCCAACAUCCAAUCCCACCGUUCGCCGGGAUCAUAGCCGCGGUCGCAGUCAAAGCGAUGCCGCCAACAACAACAACACCAACACCAACAACACCCUGGUUCCAACAUCAAUCAACCGCAAUCAAUCACCAACGCUGCGAACGUCAACACCAACAAAGACUUUAACAUCCCGGCUCCAGCCAUCACACACUCAAAGACCCGGGACGCCACAACAUCAAAUCCAACAACAAUACUCCCUUGCACUAACAUCAUCCUCACUAUUCUCAUCACCAACCAUCCAACGAUCCGAAUCCCCCUUUCUCCCAGGAGGUUUUGCUUUCCAAUACGAGCAACAAACGGUUAUUCCAUCGUCGAUUGUCCCAACAACCCAACAACAUCAACAAGCACCACCACCACAUUCACAGCCGACAAAGCAAACAGCCAAGAAAAUCUCCCAAGCAAUCGAUGCGGCCCGCGCCCGCACUUGGCAGCAAGGGUCUCAAGGACCUCGCCACCGCCGCGCCGACUCGCAAGAAAGUAUAAAAAGUCUGCCGCAGAGCCCGGCGCUCAACAUGGUGGUUUCAAGGGACGUGAAUGGCCAGGAGUACGUGAUCCCGAUGGGGUUCAAUUUGGAUCAUGACUUGGGGGAUUUCCUCAAGUGGGAGGCGGAGCAUGUUGCGUUGGGGAUUGAUUGAUUCAUUGAUCGGCUGAUUGUUUGCAUGGAGUUGAUUGUUGUUGAAGGGGUUGGAAUGUUGAGGGAAAGGAAAAAGGAAAUACGAGUUACUAGGGGGCAAACUGAACUAAUGGCGUUGAGUCGUUUCUGGUUUGGGUCCAAGGUCUUUUUUUUACGCAUCUUUCUGUUACUUUCUUUUACGAUACCACUUUUUAGUUGAUCUAUAUCAUGGCGAAAAUAAUUUUCCUCUUCAACAGCAACGAUUGAAAUGAUUUCUUGUUGAGUGUACAUGCUGUGUGGACUAUCUCGCUUACACAGUAGUCAACAAGGACUCUGAAUAUCAACAUCACUGUCGCAAAAAACACACCAUGCGCACAUCAUUCACCUCAGACAUCCAUCUACCUCAUUUAUUUCUCAGCAAAAAUCGAUCGUUCUACCGACCAUGUAGGCCAGGGGCACCCGACAUAUACGGAUGAGAAGGUUCAACCUGAGUC